AUGUAUAAAUUAUUGAUUUAUGUUGCUUCGUUGUCUGUUUAUAUUCCAACUGAGGAAAAGUUGAAUGAAUCGGCUGUUUUAGCUGUAAAGCCUGUUUCACCUAAAAUCGCAGAUAAAAAUGACGACACAGUUCCUGUUGCAAAAAGUAGACCAAAACUUGUUUUUAAAAGGAAAGCAGUUCAGGUUGAUAUACCGGCUGAAUUUGCAUUGAUUGAGCGAAUAAGAAAUUUAGACUCGGCAGAGAAAGUUAAAUCAAUGGGGAUGACUUUUACAAAUCAUUGUCCUUUGUUGAUGGAAAGUGUUCAUGAUAUGUGCAACCAAUUUUGGCUUUCUGAGUUUAAUGACUGGAUUGAAACUAACACGUAUAGGAGAAAACAUCCAACCAAUGAAAUUUACUAUCCAAGAGAAAAGAUAUUACGCCCAGGAUUUAGGCUUGGUGGAGAGGAAAUUACUAUAAAAGAUUUCUUCCAUAUUUUGAAUACACCUGGUGGUUAUUUGGAAUCGAGUCAUAUUGAUUGUCUGUUUACGUACCUGCGAAAGAAGUGUAUUUUUCUGAACAACAGCUAUAGUGUUUGUGGAAAUUGGUUUGAUCAGUAUGUGCAGAAUGGAUAUCGACUCUACCUCGAGAAUCAAAAUGUCACUGAUCUGCCUCAGUUUGAUGCAAUAUAUAAUUUUAUAGUUGGAGAGGAUGGACUUUAUAAGAGGGCAUGGGGCGAUCUGAAGUUCAUACUUUUUUCAGUUCAUCUUAAAAUUGAUGGCGAAUUUAAAGAUCAUUUUCUUCUUGCCAAGCUGAGUUUUGAUGAAAGAUGCUUCUAUGUGUAUAAUUCUUCUAGGAAUCUGCUAUAUGAUGAGCCUGUACGCGAAGCUAUGACUGCAUAUUCAACGUUACUGCCAUUAAUUUUGAACUAUGUUGGAUUUUACGAUCGUACUGAUAUCAACUUCAACUCAGUUUAUUAUGUUGGCAAGAAAACAACUGAUCCAUUUGCUGUAACUUUUAUGGAUGACCAUCCUGUUCAAGAAAAUUCAGAUUGUGGUGUGUAUGCUACUGCUUUUGCCGAAUAUUUGAUUGAAGGGAAGCGUAUUCCGAAGGCUCUUCGUAUUAAACAAAUACGUAACAGAUAUGCAGUUAAUCUGUUCAUGUAUGGUAGGUGGAAGAACAAGAGUGGUUAUGUAUCUGAUUGA